AUGGCAUCUACAGAUAAUAUAGAUAGUAUGGAUCAUUUACUACAUAGAUCAGUAAAGCGUACGAGAGUCAUGUUUCAAUCGGGAGUUGCAGAUAGCUCACUUUUAGAGGACGAAAGUCAAAAAUUUAGAUUGCGCAUAAAACUUCACGAUGAGUACGACGAAGUAAAAGAACUACCAAAAGCUCUAUUAGCACAACAAAGUGGAGGGCAAAAAAGAUUGGCACCAACUUCUGAAGAUAAUGAAUCCAACUUAACUACGAACGGAGAUGUUGGAAAUAUGCAAAUUGACACUGAACAUAUACCCCAAAUCACCGGUGGACAUCCUUAUCCGUCAACACCCGGUGUUACGCUUACUAGCGAUGAUGCGACAGAAGGUCAAAUAUCUGAUAGUAAUAUACAAAAAUUAAUAGAAAGCCUUCCUCCAUCUCACGCCCAACGAGAAGCCGCGAAAACAUCACAUGGCGUGGUCGCAAUUCGUCAGAAGGCUGGGAUCAAUGCUACACCUGAAGCUACAUCUGGUUCACUACAAUGCAUUCAUGUUCUUAGCGGUCAUAGUACCACCGUAGCGGAUGUAAAAUGUCAAGAGGCUGAUCCUCAGAUUCUCACGGGUUCAAUGGAUUCCACGAUUAGGCUUUGGGAUUUAGCAGCUGGUAAAACACUGACCACACUCACGCAUCACAAAAAGUCGGUCAGAGCAUUAGCAUUACAUCCAUCUGAAUUUACUUUUGCUAGUGGUAGUGCUGAUAAUAUUAAGCAAUGGAAAUGCCCUGAAGGAACCUUUAUGCAAAACUUUGAGGGACAUCGAGCUAUUAUAAAUGCAUUGGCUGUUAAUGCUGAUAACGUUUUAUUCUCUGGAGCCGACAACGGUUCAAUGGUGUUUUGGGAUUGGAAAUCUGGGUAUAAAUUUCAGUCGAUGGAGACAACUGUACAGCCUGGUUCUUUGGAAUCCGAGGCUGGAAUAUUUGCUUGCACAUUUGACCGCUCAGGCUUAAGAUUAAUAACUUGUGAAGCUGAUAAAACUAUAAAAAUUUGGAGAGAAGAUCCCGAAGCUGUAAGCAUAUGCUAA